CGACUGGCUCCACUUGGACUGUUCCUCGCCUCGCGUUUGUUCGGGCUAAUAGGCUAACCUGCCUGGAGGAUCGACGUCUCCUCCGAUCUAGGUACGCCUGUCCUUGCCAGCCAGCCAGCCGUCUGUUCUAUCUGUCUGUCUGCGUUGGCCGCCGACCUUUUUGACACACGACCACCUCAACCGCCUUUCCAUCCCGUUUUCCCUCGCUGAGUCUCCUCCCCUUCACCUCCGCCGGCGCAAGCAGUCGCUUUCCCCACCCCUCGUGCAUGCUCCUUUUGUAUGCUGCCUGCCGUCUCCGCCAUUACUCAUCCUGGGGGCCACUCCCGUUGAGCCAACCUCGCCGCGCCGACCAUUGAAGGAAGCAUGAGCAGCCUGGCGCUCCAGCAGGACCUGUUCUGGGACAACACGCCCGCGCGCCGUCUGCCAACCAAGUCCUCAGUCACACGAUACGAGGAUGUAACCAAACGCGACGAGCGCGAGCUCUCUCAGUUCGAGUCCAUCUUCACUACGUACCCGCCUGUCCUCGAUUCGCUCCUGUCCCAGAUAUCCACCACCUCCUUCCUCGACCUCUACCACACCUCCAAAUACCUCCGCGAUUUCCUCCGAAACUAUCCCAUCGCGUGGAAGACGCUCUCUUUCCGUCUACCGCAACCCGCCACAGCAGCCGUGGGCUCUCCCGGCAACGAGACCCCAGAACAUCGCGAACGCCAAUCCAAAGCCUACUCCUUCGACGCCCUGUUGAAGCAGAUUAUUGCACCAUAUGGUACGCGACUGACUAGCCUAGACCUCUGCAAUACUGCCGUGUCAGGUACAGCCCUGAGCGUCACUGUGCUCGGACCCCGAAGCAAGACACUGAAGCAUCUGUCGGUCCGAGGCUGCAAAAAUGUCUCCAUCAAGUACCACAUCGUACCGUUCUUGGAACCAUUUACUAUGGAAUAUAUGCCCGACUCGGCUAAAGAGCUCGCGUUGCGAAGCCUAUACCUCUACCGUUGCCGUCAUCACCGCCGACGCCCCUACCUACCAUCCUCCCUCAUUCGCCGCGACUCCGACACCGAUCCGACUCAUCAACUCAUAGAAAUUUGUCACAAGCUAGGGAUAUGGACAGACACUGCCUGGUGUCCGACUCCAGGAGGACGUUGUUACCGAAGGAAGGAUUACCAUGCAGGAAGAGCGGGCCCACAGAAUCUCGAAGUUUGGGUGCCAUUUGAUCGUCUGUGGAGAUCGGGAAAUCGCAUAGGGCCGGUUGAAGGCGCUAACAAAUUAGGUGAACAAGACGGCCGCUUGUGGGAGAUUGACGAGACCGGCCAAGACGGAGAGCCGCUUGGAACCGAGAAGGGCAUGUUCAAAGGCGAAGGGAAACAUGUACCCACCCACCUACGAAAGAGCCAUAGACAGUUUGUGGAAGACAUCAAGUGUACGCAGUGCAACGAUGUCAUUCUGGAGCGCUGUGAAUCAUGCAGCGUGCGCAUGCACUGCAUGGGAUGCCGUAAGACUCUAUGUGCGAGCUGCGCAUUCAACAGGCCCAUUCCGAGGAAGCGCCCAAAGACUCGGCAUUUUGCAAACCUCGCAUUCGGACUCGGAGCCUCACUGGGGACUAGCUUGAGCCAGGCCAGCGCGUCCUCAUCUUCGCUGCCAAACGGAAAUCGAGAUAUGCCGCAGCCAAAGGACCAGUUUUGGUGGGCCCCAGGAGCCUCUCGGUCGCCAAAUCUGAUGACCGAAGCCUCGCAGGAGGACGACUCCUCUGACUCCGAAGAAGGAGGAAUUGGCAACAAUGGUCUCCCUCUCCCACCCAACAAUCGCGAUCCCCCUCGACUCAACAUGCACUGGUGUUGCUUGGAACCGAUUUUCUCAGGUGGUGGUGGAAUAGCCGUCUUGGGAACUGGACUGGGAGGAAGGGGGGCCGACAAGAUACGCGCAGCACCUCUGCCUCGUUCCAAGCAAUUCGAAGAUCCGGAUUUUGCAAACCAACUCCGACCGGUGGAUUACAUUCGCGAGCUGAAGAACAACGGACUCUACGAAUAUGUCCUGGGUGAAGACGUCGACCUCCUGUCUUACCUGAAGCAAGACAGCUUGGAGCUUCAAGCGCAGACAUGCCCUCGCGGCUUGUGCAAUGAUUGCUACCGCAGUUUCAGAUGGAAGAUAACCUGCCGUUGCUGCAAGAACCCCAUUUGCAAAGAGCAUGACUUUAGGGCUCUGAAGUUUCGCAAAUGCGGCUACCGUGACAUGCGUACAGAGCAUGAACAUGUACGAACGCACAACGACCCUCCUCGUCUCGUCAUCCCCGAAUACAAUCCGAACCGAGUGCACGCGAAAGAAAUUGAUCGAACACCCACCGCUCCACCGGCUAUCCAAGGUCCUUCGUCGUCUUCAUCAUCAUUUAUCAAUGCUGAACUUGACGCAUCCGAUACCACACUAACAUCACAAUCCCAAGUUCUGAUUCCUCCUUUUGCACCAUCAUCUUCCGACAUGUCUGCGACUAACUCUAUCAAUUCCCAUACCUCUUCUGAUCCCUUCACGAAUGUGGAAUCGCUACCCUUCAUACCCGUCAGUUCGUCCCGACCACGCUCACUGAGCGUCUCUGGCGUUCGUAGCCGCAAUACUGUGUCUUGGCCAAGUUCACCUCGUGGCAUUCCCACCAAUUCGAUCACCAACCCACUUCCACUGCCCUGCAACGCACGUCAUCCUGUGCAAUGGGAGGGUUGUGGCGCAUAUUUCUGUCAAUAUCCCCGACCAGUGGGAGAUAACAGACCUCAAUGCCCGGCAAUCCUCAAGGAGUGCACCGAUUGUGCAGUACUUGUGUGCGAUCAAUGCACCGCUUCCAAUCCUGUUUGCACAUGUACAUAUUGCACCGUCAACUUUCACUGUCCGACGUGCGCUCGGAAAAGGGAUGUCAGGGCCAAGUGUCGUCUCGAAGCCGAACUAAAAGCCAAGCGAGAAGCCGAAGUGCGCGCGAGAGAAAAGAUGGAGAAGGAAAGAGAAAUCCGGGCCAGGGCGGAUGAGAUAGCAGGCCAGGUCAACGAGUUCUUCGCAUUCCUCCUCCCACAGAUCGAGGAGUACAUAGCAGAGACCCCAACCACGGAGCAGGGCGAGGACCUUGACCCAAGCCCCGAAUCAGAAGACAACAGCACCAAUCAAAUUCAUAGUCUGGAUGCCAUCACCGUUACCACGGCGUUUGGCGUCCACGAGGAACCUAACAACGUCACCACCAUCUCCGCGUCGGGACCCGCACACGCUGCUGCCAUCACCUCCACCGCCACCGCGAUUUCACAGCCAGAGUAUGCCUCUCUGCUCGACCUCAUGGACGAUGCGGUGCUCACUGAAGACGGAGAUGACAUAGUGGACGCGGAAGAUUCGCUACAUGACGAUGGCGACGAUGCGGAUAUCGACACGGAUGAUUUCGACGCUGAGAGCGCUGUCAUCGAUGAGUUUAUGGAUGAGGGGAUGCUUACGCCUACGACGUCGUCGUCGUUGCAUGCGUAA